AUGGACAUCCAUACAAUCGCUCAGUCUGUACAGUCUAUAUUAGAUCCGCAAGUGGAUAAUGCUCGUCGCUCGCAGUGCUUUAAGUCUUCUUCUAUCCAGUCGAUCACAUUGUGUCGAGAAGCAGUGCUUAUGCUUUCUGGAUUUUUGGAUACAUGUCGUACGGAUGUGUUGACCCAAUGGAAACCCCGUUACGAGUCAGAUAGCACUGCUGCUGACGGGACAUCGUUCGUUCAGCUUUUGACUCGACUGCUUGGUCAUGAAAGCAUCCGUAUUGAUGCACUGAGCUUAUUGACUAUUCUGUUAAAUAGGAAACCGCAGUCAACAUCCGGAAGCUCGGAGGAAUCCUUCAAAUUAAUCGAGAUAAUGUUGCGAAAUGAUGAUAUCAUUAAUCGAUUGGCCUCUAUUGUCAUCGCACUAAUCAGCGAACCGCCCGUGUAUACAGAGUCGCGUUACAACAGUCUGGUUCUGUUUGCCGAAGUAUUUCAUCGCCUCGGCGGCGGUCUAAUAACGUACUGGUCUGAAAUGGAGCCUUUUGCGAACCCUUGUGCCUGUAGCAGCCAGCGCCAGUUCAUUUGUCCUAAUCGCGCGACUCAUCUGUUAGAUACAAUUGUUCAACUGACUACCUACCCGAUUCGAAAUGGGGGACCGACAGGCACCACUCCGCAUAGUGGAUGGUCUCGGGCCAUUUUCGAAACUGACGACUGGGGUGCGUUCUUUUCUCAAAGUGUACUGGAUUGGGAUGCAUUGGAGUUGUUCUUGGAACAAAUAUUGCCCACAAUGAACAAAGCGUGUCAACGAGAGGAUUGCCUCAUCCAAUUCGAAUCGGCCUUGAUAAAUUGGGCCCGAUUGUUUCUCCAGACGCUGUCCGCUGUGAAUGAUCCGAAUGUGCGUGGCAAGGUGCUCAUGUGCAUAUCUGUGGUAAUGCAACAGUUGGACUCGAAAUACGACACGGAAUUCCUGAUUCCAUUUUUGAAUAAUAUCUUCGCCUCGUUUCGUUAUGUGGCACCGGCUGAGGGGAACCCGAAUCCGUUCUAUCGACCUAAUUGUGUCAAGGCCAUGCAACUACUUGCAGCCACUGCCUUUUUCCGCUUCGUAAAAACCGUUCCAGAACGUGUCAUGCGACAUUUCCAAGAGGUGGCCACUGAGGUUGCCACUCUGUGGUCUGAAUCGGUGAGCGGAGUGGUGGAGAAAUCUGUACUGUUGGAGUCACUCAUCUCUCUUUGUGUUCAGAGCGAUCUGCUCAAGCAACUGUUAUCCGGUGCAUUGGCGCAAUGGACACCCAAUUCCCCGGAUCUCUCGGAACCAAUGGGUUCAUUGCUCCGGUCCUGUUCCACUGGGGGCCCCGGUCUGAUAACUGCUUUGGGGUUGGAUCAGCCUGUUCAGUGCCUGAACGAUUUCAGUUCUCUACCGGUACAAACUCGGGUUACUCUCACUCGUAAUGUUCUCACUUUAAUGGCCGCGGUUCGAAGGUUGUCCGAUCCGGUCCGAAUAGAACAGCUUGAACAAAUCACAGUCCCUUUACUGGAACCGGUCACACCAUCAGUAUUGAUGCUGCUACGGUCGCUAUUGAUUUGCGUUCCUAUCGAAUUGUAUAUGGCUAUUGUGCUUGGCCAGGUUUCGGAUCAUCAGGUAUUUAAACGUUCAGAUGAAGCAAAAGUGGAAAACUGUCAAAAUAUUCUCCCGUCCUAUAUGUUAACUCCUCAAUAA